UACCGUCCACGACCAUGCCACGCAUUAAACGCAAGACCAAGGUGUGAAAGUCCCAUGCUUCUGUCAUGGCUAUUCCGUAUUAGUACGGUAGGCAAAUGCCUAACCAGCUAGCUAGGAAGAAGACUUGACGCGCGUCCGCAACAACCAGCGUCGUUGCCGACAGCGUAAACGCGACUAUGUGACGGAUCUCGAGCGCAGGCUGGCAUCCCUCGAGAAUACCACGUCGCGGGAGGUUCGGAGACUGCAGUCCCUGGCGAAUGAGCUGCUCCAGGAGAACGAACGGCUCAAGGCUUUCCUCCAUGAUCCUUUGGACGUUGACGACGAUCUGGUAUCCAGACUCCCGGGGCAAAUGGAGGACGACCACCAGAGCAGCUUGGAACGGAUAGUUGAUGAUCGGGUUUCUUCUCUGGACUUAUCCAGUCUUGGUAUGAAGAACGGCACUCUGAACGCGCGCACCGCCUCCGACACACACGCCAACCCAUUACCUCCUUGCCCACCAUCUCCGUCAGAGAUCAUGUUUAACGCGGUUGAGAAGUGCGCAAGACCAGCCGAGACCGCAAGCCCGGAAGACACAGCCCCAGUCCGCGUCUCCUAUCCAUCAUCCUCUGCGUUCACCGAGCAAGUCGAUGGUGUCUCGCUGCUGGAUGCAAGCUAUUUCCCAUUACCCCGCGAAGUCGCCCCGGUCCCUGGAUCUAGGCUCUGCCCUGAGCAGCGCAUCCCCGGAAUGGCAUUGCAAGCAGUGUCCCCAACGGACAACGAGGAAGACACGACCGUGUGCGCGGUGGCCCUCGAGCUGGUCAUGAGUUGCAACACGAAGAAUCUCAGUAUCUCGGAGCUGGAUCUGCGUCUGCGGGCCGGGUAUCGCAGCGCGCGGUUCCAAUGGGAGGGCUGCCGAGUGGAUAAUCAGGUCUUGUUUGCUGUUCUUGCGGAGGUGAUUGGAUGACCCGUGCAUAACCCCUGGGUGAGGGAGUUCCUGGUCAGGAGCGUACGGUGGUCGGCUUUCUCUGCUCGCGCAGCUUGAUAGCUAUAAGAACCUCAUCUUACCAAUCUUCCAUCUUGAGGCGAUGGCCUGGGAGUCGAGAGCAUGGGGCUACCAAGUUAUCAGAUAAUAUAUGAUUGAUGGUUCGCAGCUGGAC